UAUAAGUACAUAAACGAAGAAAUUAAAAGGAGUCUUAAAAUUGUUAAUUUUCAUUUGGUACAUAAAGAUGGAUGUAGAACAGGAAGAGAAAGAAAGAUUUCAACAAGUCUAUGAAGUGCUCAAGAAAGAUGUGCUCGAAGAUCCUGCAUUUGAGCAUGAUGAUGUAUCUCUUCAAUGGGUCCAACAGAUGAUGGAUUACAAUGUUCCUGGAGGAAAACAAAGCAGGGCAAUGCUUGUGAUUGAAAGCUUGAAGCGCUUAAAAGACGGAAAACCAGUUUCUGAAGAGGAGUUUUUUCGUGCUUCCGUUAUGGGCUGGUGUAUUCAAUGGGCAAUGGCAAGUGCUCUUAUGCAAGAUGAUAUAGUGGACAAUUCCAACAUGAGGCGCGGCAAGCCUUGUUGGUUUAGAUUACCCAAGGUUGGCUUGAUUGCUUUAAAUGAUAGCACACUACUUGGGUGUCAAGCUGGUAGAAUUGCUAAGAAACACUUUCGAGACCAGCCUUACUAUAGAGAUUAUGUUGAUUUAAUAAGUGAGAUUGGGUUCCAAACAAUUUCUGGACAAAUGAUUGAUCUUAUUACUGAAGGGGAGAAAGAUAUAUGGCAAUUUAAUAUGACACUGCAUCAACGCAUCAGCCUCUACAAGACAGCAUAUGGAACAACUUAUCUUCCGUUUGCAUGCGCACUACUUAUGUUGGGAGAGAAGGUAGAGGAUUUUGUUGAUGCCAAGGACAUUCUACUUGAGAUGGGGAUUUACUUUCAAGUACAGGAUGAUUAUUUAGACUGCUUUGGUGAUCCUGAAAAGAUGGGCAAGGUGGGAACAGAUAUUGAAGAAUCCAAAUGUUCUUGGUUGGUCGUGAAAGCUUUAGAACUUUGUGAUGAGGAGCAGAAGAAAAUAUUAGUUGAAAAUUAUAUGAAGUCGGAUCAAGAAAGUGUUGCUAUAGUGAAAUGUCUCUAUAAAGAUCUUAAUCUUGAGGGUGUGUACGCUGAAUACGAAGCAAAUUUGUACGAGAAGCUAAUUGGCCGUAUUGAAGCUAUCCCAAACACAAAUGUGAGAAAAUUGUUGAAGUCUUACUUGGAUAAAAUAUACUUGAGGCAGAAAUAGACAUUAUAUUCACCAUGUUGUGCAUCAAUCUAUGCUAAGGAUUCAACAUAUUUGUUCAUCUCGAGUUUUAAGAAUUUUAUUCUUGUUUUUUCGAUUGUGGAAAACUUUGUGUCAACAAAAACCUUUGUUCUUUGCAUGGUGAGUGUCAUAAACCAUGCAUCAAUCUAAAAUGUUUGCAUAGUAGUUGGAACUAAUAGUUACACCAAUAAUAUAUUCACUGCAACAAAUUUUACUUUUCGC